GCACCUCAUCUAUGCAUCGUGUUUAUUAUGUAUCGAGAUAUAACCACAAGCAACAACUGUACAUUCUCGAUUUGGUAAAAGUCCGAUAUUUUCGAAUGCUGUAACGCCCAUUUCCACAUAUGUACGCGUCUGAUCUCGUAGGAGAGAGAACGUAUUAUAUAAUUUUGCUAAUGGAUUUUCACAUUUCCUGCUCUCGAUUAUUUACGCCAAACGUCACGUUGCAACGGCAUGCAAUCGAAUCUCGUUGCUUCUCGCUGCGAAAGCGAGAUUGCGAGAAUCGCGUUACAAUUCGGAUCGGUGAAUGAAAAUUUUCACUCUCAUUUUUUCGUUUCUCGGUGGAAAAGUACGACGCGAUCAACCCCGGGAGUUCGGGAUAAUAAUAACUGCCAGUGACACUAACGUAUACAUAUAUAUACGUGCCCCAGUAAUAACAAAUCGAUGCCCUGUAUAUGGACACGUUCAGUCAGAGCGUUGAAGCGAUAGCACGCUAUAUCGCUUGGUUACCGUGCAGAUAGCAGGUUAUUAAUAUUGCUGCUAUCAAUAUCCAAUUACGCAACGAUAAUCCAAGAGGCCUCUGGCCGUCAAGGUAAUUCAUGGUCGACCGGAUUCGGCUGAUACCCAUUCACGUGCUUUCUCGUCUACGUUUAUGUCCGCGUCAUGUAUACGUUUCGCAUACGUAUCGAUCCUAGAUCUGCAUUCCGCACAUUAACACUAGAUCCGCGAAUUGAUCCCAGAUUUGAUUGAUACCGACAUCGAACGGAAUGCACGACGAAGAACUAGACUGCCAAAUUUUCAAUCUCGUACAGCCAAAAUCAAGCCUGAAUCAAGCACACAUAAUUAACCAACUCCAAGUCAAUCGCUUCCCUUUAAGCUAAUCCUGAUGAAGCUUGAGUUAAGUUUAUGAGGAACAAUAUUGUAUUCGCAGCGUAGACGGAAACGAUCACGUGAAAUCAGAACUGGCACCAGGUUAACGUUGACGCGAGUGCUCCCGGAUGCACCAAGUUGCGAAGAUGUAAAAUCGCUGAUCCGAGUCGAGUACGCCAAGCAACCGAGCUCGCAAUCGGUGAUCGGUCUCCCUUCGUGGCUGCUCUCGCAGCACGUCUGCACGACGACUUGGCCGAGAUCGCGAGUGUCGCAGCACUCGAUUAUCGACCACGGAUGCACGCCCGCCAUGGUCAAGGCGCAGCCGCGGCCCAGGCGCGGCCGCCGCGAUCAAAGCUGUCGGACUUCCUUCACGUUUGGGUCAACAACAUCCGACUGUUCUACACCUGGAGCAACGUAGACAGCCUGGGCCAGCAAUCAUCUGCCACGAUGGGCAAUCUGCAGAGCGACGGCAAGAAGAAGCAGCGGAAGAAGGAAACCCCAGCAUCACCGGCAACCACAUCCACGAACGAGCUCGAUACGCUCGAGGAUCAGAGGAAGGAUCAGAAACAGGACCAACCUGUCACCAAGGUUCACGAUGGGCGCGACGACGUUCGCGAGCCGAUCAAGAUCAGCUUCGAGAAGAUGCCGGGAUACGCCAAGAGGCAGGCACCGCAACCACCAAAGAUCCUGCUGGCUAAGGACACGCAGAAGAGUGUAGAGCCUGAAUGUCGCAAGGAGCCGGCAACAACAGUGAAGCCAUGUGUAACCACGACGGAGACUUUCCGUCCGAGCACCGCGACGCCGACGACGACACCAGCGCAGACCCCUACGACGCCACAGACCCUGCCGCCGUUGUUGGUGACCGACUCAUGGCGUUUGGCCAACAAGGGUCUGGUCGUCACGGAAAUGCCGACACCGCCCAGCCAGGAGUCCUCCAGCGACAGUGUCUUCACGGAUCCCGGCGAACUCACCACGAGCCCGGUCGUGACGACCGUGAAAGCGGAAGUGAUGGCACAGUCGACACCGAAACCGGAGACGAUCGGCAACAAGCAGGAGAAACCGUCUCCCUUCACGGUCUCGAGACACAAAAAGAUCCAUCUCUCGGUGAUGAGUCCCCGAAUAAGCGCAACGUUGAACGAGAAGAGACAGAAGCCGGAGACGAACAAUCUACGGAGACGACACAGUGUCUACGAGUCUCCAGUGAACGAAGGUACGGUGUUGAGAAGAGUGGCUAGUCUGACCCUGGAUCGGAAUAGUGCCAAGAAAAGACGAAACUCCAAGAGCAUCGUUCCGCAGAAAACGGAUCGUCACAGACAAUUCGAAGAACAAGAACUGCCUAUCUCUCCGCUGCUGAAAGGUGUGAAGAGAAACGUCAUAUCCGUGGUAGAUCGGACAGACACCUGCGCGCUAGCAGAUGGGCUUCUUCCAGCUGAAACUGAAUCGGGCCAAACCUCCGUCGAGUACUCCAUGCCCGAGGAUAUACAUCAUCGAUACGAGGAAGAGGUGCAGAAGCUGAGAGAUGAAAUCAAACGGCUGCACGAGAUAUCUACGAAUCGGCACAUAAGCACCAAGGAUCAGUCUACUCAAAUUUCACCGAGAAGCUUAUCGCCAGUUGACGGAAAUGCCAGUGAAACGGACAGCGUGAAUGUUAGUGAUGCUAAAAGCUCGUCGAUCAAAAGUGACGUCGCGGAUCUCGAAGACGCUAAGAUGACCCUCAUGAUUCCUUCCAUCCAUAAAACGUCAUCCGAGAAGGCCGCGAGUCGAUCGCGUCUGUCGCAUCAGACAGAUGAGUCCAACAAAGACUUGGCGCCAUGUCCGACACCUCCGUUGCCACCGGAAUCGGUCUCGAAGAGCAGAUCUACGUCCAUCUCAAUGUCCACGACCUCGUUGCAAUCUUUUAUCCCACCGCCUCCGCCGCCACCUUCUCCGUUCGCGCAAUUUGAAGUGUCGCGACCUGCCGAGAAGACGGUCUCGGCGUUGUCGACAGAUUUGACGGAUGUCUCUAGGAUACCGUCACCGCCACUUCCGCCCGUGCUGACACAAACUUCCACCAGUACAUUUCCAUCCCCACCUCCUCCUCCACCGCCGCCACCACCCACCCCGAUACCGAGCACAACAACGAGCACGAUACCUUUGCCACCGCCACCUCCUAUGCAAAGUAUCAUCAGCGGGAUAUUGCCGCCGCCUCCUCUGGAAAGUGCGAUACCGCCACCACCACCGCCGCCGCCACCGCUGCCGCCUCCGUUUCCGUCCACGCCGUCCGUGUACAGCGUUGAAAGUGGUAUACCAACACCGCCACUACCACCACCGAUGCCCGCUCAAAGCAUCACGGGUAAAUCUUUAAAACGUAUCAUGAGCGCGAUACCACCACCACCUCCGCCGCCUACACCGAUGCUGAAGAUGUGUGGGGUACCACCUCCUCCCCCGCUACCAUCGCUUGCGACAGGUGCUGCAAUGCCGCCACCACCUCCACCGCUACCUGGAGGAUCGCAAGGUUCCAUGGAUGGUCCACCGCCUCCACCACCGCUACCAGGUAUGCCGAUGCAAGGUGGCAUACCUCCUCCACCGCCUCCUCCCGUUGGGGGAUCAGGUGCGGGUCCGCCACCACCGCCUAUGGCACCUCCGCCACCUCCAGGUGCAAUGGGACCCAGUCCUCUACCCGCUCCACCGGCCGGAGGGUGGAAUCCGCCGAGCAGAGCCAUUAUGAGGAAGCAAGCUUUAAAUCCCGACGUGCCGAUGAAGCCGCUUUACUGGACCAGGAUCUUAGUGCCGGUUACUGCGACCAGUCAGGUCUCCGCAGACACGACAGAGUCGCCAACUCAGGUGCCUUUGUGGUUAGAGCUCAUGGAGGAAGAGAACAUAAAUAUGAAAGAGUUCGCCGAUCUAUUUUCACGGCAGGUGAGACAGAAAAAUCCGGCCAAAAAAAGAGACGAGGCGCCCAAAAGCUCCAAGGUCCAACCGGCGAAGAUAUUGGACUCGAAACGCUCCAAGAUGGUAGGAAUACUCGAGAAGAGUCUGCACAUUGACUUCAGCGAGAUCGAAAACGCGGCCUACAAUUUGGACACAAGCGUGAUCAGUCUGGAGGCGUUGCAACAAAUCUACGAAAUCAAACCGACGGAAAACGAGAUCAUGCAGAUCGCAGUUCACGAAUCAGAGAAUCCGGACAUUCCUCUUGAUCAACCAGAAUUAUUUCUCAAGAGAUUAGCCGGCAUAAAGCACUUCUCCGAACGGAUAGACUGUCUGAUGCUGCAGUCGGAGUUCCAGGACGCAAUCUCGUCGGUUUCGUAUAAGCUGAACAACGUACGAACCACCUGCGAUUUCUUGAUCAAGUCCGAGUCUAUGAAGAAAGUACUGGCCAUUAUACUGACCCUGGGCAAUUACAUGAACGGUGGCAACAUGAUGCGCGGUCAGGCCGAUGGUUUCGGUCUGGAGAUCCUCAAUAAGUUGAAAGAUGUCAAGUCCAACACGCCCGGUGUUACUUUGUUGCACUACGUCGUCAACGCGAAGUUGGCUCAGGAAAAGGAGCACAAUUUUGAGGAGCCGUUACCGCUACCCGUGCCUGAACCGGCUGAUGUGGAGGCCGCGUCUACGAUCAAAUUUGAUGAGAUCGCCAAGGAACUUGAUAGAUUAGACAAGGAGCUGCAGGCAUGCGCACAAAAGUGUAAUACGAUCGUGGAAGCGGAUCCGGAUACGUCUAAAAUAUUCAAGAAGAAAGUGAACUCGUUUGUGACGAGGGCGAGCAUCGAAUUGGCGAACGAGAAGGAAGAGUUAUUAGAAGGUGCCACUCUGGAUACCGCGGAGCCUUACGAUUUCUUCAACCUAUGGCUUGCUUUCUGCCAGGAUUUUAAGGACAUCUGGAAAAAGGAGCAACAACGGAUACGAAAGGAACGAAUGGAGGAAGUUCGUAAGAAACUCGAGAACAAGUCCGAUGUCGUGAGAGUGAAAUUAAAUCCACACGGACUGAAAGCGCGAUUACAAAAAUUAACGAGUAAAAAACAGGUUCAGAGAUAGUCCUGUCAAAAGAUGCACAAAUUGGUGGCUAUAGCGAGCGUGGACUCGCUGACAAUUUACAUUUGCGACCGUAUUCGCAAAAUUAUGAAUUUCAUCGAUGGUCUCUUUGCGUUUAAUGCUAUGGCGCUCAAAGGGAGUUUAAUUGUAUAUUAAUUGUAUAUUAAUUCAUAUCGUUCCGAAAAUGAUAAUGACACCGCAUGAAUUUUGUAUAUUUUUUUAAAACGAGAACGACUUCUUUGCGCAAACAAUUAGUUUGCAGCUAUAGCUUCGAGAAAUCUAUAUGUCUGCUCUUCUUACGAACAUUUCUUGCAGAUACGUGAUACGAAGUCACGUAACACGGAAAGUCCGAAACAAACGUUGAAUUGCUCAAAAGUAACGAUAUGAUUUUGUCGUUUAAGUUACGAUCAUUCGUUACACGGAAAUAUCUGAAAUUCGCACAAGGAAAUACGUUUGGGUUUGUUUCCAGCGUGACAUUGUGCAGAUCGUCAAUCGCGAAUUGUCCUUGGACAAUAGAUAAGAUUUAAUCCAUGAUACAAUGACUGAAACGUAAAUGGUGCACUAAAAUGUAAUGUACACUUGGACACCUUUGGAAGUUAUUAACAUCGAAUAUGUUACAAUAGUAUUGAUAGUCUGCAGGCAGUUCUACUCAUCACGUAUGAAGUAUGAACAUGUACCGAUCUUCACAUUGUUCUCAGAGAUAUUAAGUGCAUGUUAUCAAAGAUUGGAAACUUGUUCAAUAUAGAAGAAGGCCAGAUCAAGUAUAUCCGUUUUGGAUCGCUUACACACUUUGAGUCACAUUUAAAUACAAGAAAGCUCUGAAAAGAAAUUAUAAAGAAAUAAAGAAAGAAUAAAAAAAUUAAGAAAAUUGUAGCAAGUUUGAGAAAAGGCGACUAAAAAGGAUAUACUUAGAAAAAUUACAAACGUCCAUGGUGACGAGGAAGUUUGUGCCUCUUUACACCAUACAUUUAUUAGAUGAUUUUCCGUUUUUCUAAAUCGAACAUUUCGAAAGGAGAGCACUAAUCGUGAUAAUUAUCAAGAAGUAAUUAUUUAUUUAUUUAUUUAUUUAUUAUUUAAUUUAUAUACUAGUAUCAUGGAUUCAUAAUAAUGUAAAUAGAACGUUAAUUGUACUAGAUAUUGAAGUUUAAUAAAGAUUCUUUAUAUUUAAUUUCUAUUACAUAUAUAAAACCGUUUUUAUUAUAGACCUUACAAUUAUACUAUUUUAAAACAGGAACUUUUUAAUUUGCGUUAUUGAAUAUUAUGGAAGACUAUUGAAUACUACGCUACUGUAUUAAUUAAAAAUAAAAUUGUUACUGACCUAA